AUGCUUACAUUUUACAUAAAAAGGAAAAAGCCCAUAACGCAAUUUUUACUGUAUACCUUAAAAAUGGCAAAAAGUUCAUUUGAAUAUGUUAAGAAAUUUGAAUUAGAUGAUACUCUGUUGCCUAAUAGUUGGAUAGUGGUAAGAUUAGAUGGCAAGUGCUUUCAUAAAUUUUCAGACGACCAUAACUUUUCUAAGCCUAAUGAUUUGAGAGCUUUAAAAUUAAUGAAUUAUGCUGCUUUCAAUGUACUUCGUGACUUCAAUGACUUAUUAAUGGCUUUUGGUCAAAGUGAUGAAUAUUCUUUUAUUUUCAAAAAAAGUACUACGCUGUAUAAAAGACGUGCAGCCAAAUUACUUACAACUAUUAACAGCAAAUUUUCUUCGUCGUAUGUAUUUUAUUGGAGUAAAUUUUUUGGCGAUGUCCCUCUAAAAUAUCCGCCAACAUUCGACGGCCGUAUAGUGUUGUAUCCUAGUGAUGAAAAUUUAAUAGAUUACAUGAAAUGGAGACAAGCAGAUGUCCAUAUAAACAAUUUAUAUAACACUACAUUCUGGACCUUAGUUUUAAAAGGAAACCUAACCCCAUCACAGGCUGAAAAACGUUUAUGUGGGACAGUCUCCGCUGAUAAAAAUGAAAUUUUAUUUCAAGAAUUUCAAAUUAAUUAUAAUAAUGAACCGGAAAUAUUUAAAAGAGGAACACUGUUAGUAAGGAAGACAAUUCCACAUAAUAAGUUAGAUAAACAGAAUAAUGCUAUAGUGGAUACACAUGACGAUAUGCUGAAAGAUAGGUUUUGGAGUGAGCAUAAAAGUUUAUUAUUAAAUAAAUGUAAAGAACCAAUUGUGUAUAACGGACCUGUCACUGAUAUAAUUGCAGAACAAAUAAAUUCUAUUAAAGAGUAA